GACCUUACUUCAAAGGAUUAUUUCCAUAGUAACGUGUUCCGAACUAAAAUCCUCGCUAGCAAAUACAGUCUUUGUAAUGUCUGUCGAUUUUUAUUCUGCUCUUGUUCGAUGAAUAGUUAUACUGUUAAUUUCGUUUAUUUUCAGGCUGGUCAGCUGUCUACUUAUCGAUUCUGUGACAACGUGUGGACGUUUGUUAUGGAGCGUGUGGAAUUCCGUGACAUGAGCGACGUGAUGUUCGCUGACCGAGUAAAAUUUGUUGCCUGUGAUGGCCGGACUUCAACCGGUGAGUUUAACUCUAUGCACAAUGGUAAUGAUCAGAUAGACAUGCAAUUCGGCCUAAUCAUUAGAAUAUUUUGA